AUGGAAGAAUUAUUAAAAAAAAAAUUAAAAACGAGUAAAUUGGAAAGUUUGGGCUCCUUCUCUGGAGGUCAUGUUAAUAUUGCCCGAGCGUUUAACACAGAUUAUGGUAAAAUAUUCGUCAAAACCAAUGAAAAACCACAGCUAAUGAGGCUAAUGGGAGGGGGCGGAAAAAGUUUUGACAACCGACCAAUUACUGCAACAUACACCUUGCCCCUCCGGAUAUAUUACUUGCAUCUCUGGAUAUAUUACUUGUCCCUCCAGAUAUAUUACUUGCUUCAAAUGACUAUACAGAUAGCUAAAAUUAUUUUGACCACAUAUUUUCGUGUUUCCAGCCUUCAUCUUUAUAAUACCCAACUAAAAGAACAGAAGGAAAAGACAGAAAGUUUUGUAGGAAAACAAGAAACAGUGAAUUAUGUAGAUCAGUUUGGUUUUGAAGUUCCGACUUGUUGUGGAUAUUUACCUCAGUCUAAUUCCUGGUCUUCCGAUUGGUUGAAUUUUUAUUGUGGAAAAAUAGAGGCACAGAUAGAUAGUAUAGAUAGAAGAGAGUAUAAUAGGAUAUAUAGAAAAAUCCGUGAUUUAUGGAAUACUCUGUUACCAGGGAUACCUAAAUUAUUUACUGGUCUAGAGAUACAUCCUGCUCUUCUACAUGGUGAUCUUUAUUUUGGAAACGCAUCGGAGUCGUUACAUGGUCCCGUUAUCUACGACCCGGCGUCAUUUUACGGCCAUGCUGAAUACGAUCUGGCCAUAGCUCAUAUUUAUGGUAAAUUUGAACCCGAGUUUUUCCAGGCCUAUCAUGGGGUUAUUCCUAAAGCUGAUGGAUUUCAAAACAGACUGGAACUUUAUAAAAUAUUUCAUUAUAUAAACCAUUGGUAG